ACAGUUGGUCGUUCGACAGCCUUGCGAGAAAGCUCUGACGUCGGAGCCUGGCAAGGUGUCCCUGAAGGCAUCCUAAUCCAAGCCCAGCCGCUGAGUAGCCAUUUUGGUCCCACCUAAAACCGACGGACCAGCUUCACCCCGGUCGUCGGAGAUGGAAGAAACCCGCGUCCACUGCGAGUAUUUCGGCCACGGAAACCUUGAGAACCCCUCCGAGAGCCGUCGGCUGGUGACCGUCGACGCCAUGGCUUCUUUUUAAACACUUGGUGUGUGUGUGUGUGUGUGUGUGUGUGUGUGGGGGGGGGGGAGGAAAGAGAAAAAAAGAAGAGUUUUUCCCACACCGGGCCACGCGCCAUGUAAAUAAUCACGAUCCUCGCGGAGGCUGUUUCCCCCCGAAGCAGCGCGAUCAUCUCGGGCUCCGGACCGAGGGAGGUGUCGGGGGAUUCUUUAUUUGUAUUACUUUGGGGAACAUCAGGCGGCGACUGGUGGGAUUAAGGACAAAUAAUAAAGAUGUCAACAAAAACUCCUUUGCCGACGGUCAACGAGAAGGUGACGGAAAGUCACACGUCUCACAGUAAUGGACGCCAGGAGAUCAGCGCUCGCUCCGCCCGGACCGGCGUUCGAUCCCGCAGCGCCGAGGAGCCGCAGCAGCCGCACGUGGGCAACUACCGGCUGCUCAAGACCAUCGGCAAGGGCAACUUCGCCAAGGUCAAGCUGGCCCGACACAUCCUCACCGGCAGAGAGGUGGCCAUUAAGAUAAUAGACAAGACGCAGCUGAACCCCAACAGCCUUCAGAAGCUCUUCAGAGAAGUUAGAAUAAUGAAGAUUUUGAAUCAUCCGAAUAUCGUCAAGCUCUUUGAGGUGAUCGAGACGGAGAGGACGCUCUACCUGGUGAUGGAGUACGCCAGCGGAGGAGAGGUGUUUGACUACCUGGUUGCACACGGUCGAAUGAAGGAGAAGGAGGCCAGGGCUAAAUUUAGACAGAUCGUGUCGGCGGUGCAGUACUGCCACCAGAAGCACAUCGUCCACAGAGACUUGAAGGCGGAAAACCUGCUCCUCGACGCCGACAUGAACAUCAAGAUCGCCGACUUCGGCUUCAGCAACGAGUUCACGAUGGGCAACAAGCUGGACACGUUCUGCGGCUCGCCGCCGUACGCGGCGCCCGAGCUCUUCCAGGGGAAGAAGUACGACGGGCCGGAGGUGGACGUGUGGAGUCUGGGCGUCAUCCUGUACACGCUGGUCAGCGGCUCGCUGCCCUUCGACGGGCAGAACCUGAAGGAGCUGCGAGAGCGCGUCCUCCGGGGGAAGUACCGCAUCCCCUUCUACAUGUCCACGGACUGCGAGAACCUCCUCAAGCGCUUCCUGGUGCUCAACCCGUCCAAGCGGGGGACUCUGGAGGUGAAGGAGGACACAGACAAUCAGAUCAUGAAGGAUCGAUGGAUCAACGCUGGGUUUGAAGAGGACGAGCUGAAGCCGUACACCGAACCAGAGCUGGACAUCACGGAUCAGAAGAGAAUAGAUGUGAUGGUGGGGAUGGGAUACAACCUGGAGGAGAUCCAGGAGUCUCUGGCCAAGAUGAAGUACGACGAGAUCACUGCCACUUACCUGCUGCUGGGCAGGAAGGCCUCCGAGGUGGAGCCCAGCGAGUCGGCCUCCAGCAGCAGCCUCUCUCUGGCCAAGCCGCGGCCCAGCAGCGAGCUCAACGGCCAGUCGCCCGCCCACCUCAAGGUCCAGAGGAGCUCCUCCACCCACAAGCAGCGGCGCUACAGCGAGCAGGUCGGUCCCAACGUCCCCCCGGGGGUGCCUCAUCCAAAGAGGAGUCAGACCACCACGGCGGAGAGCAGCACCAAGGAGGAAGGCGGAGUCCAGCUGCGUAAACCCAGCACCCCGGGGAGCCGCGGGGCUCCGCCCGCCAGCCCCCUGCUGGGCAACGCCAACAACCCCAACAAGGCCGACAUCCCCGACCGCAGGAAAGGCGCCGCCACCGGCCCGAGCAAUAACCCGGCGUCGGCGGGGAUGACCCGGAGGAACACGUACGUCUGCAGCGACAGAAACAACAUGGAGCGCCUCUCCGUCAUCCCCAACGGGAAGGAGAACAGCAUGACCGAGAUGGCUCGUGCCACCAGCCCCUUCUCCAGCUUUGCGGGCGCCUCGUCCGGCUCGGUGCAGCUGAGGUAUCAAACCGUCGGCCCUCUGUACGUUGGCCUGGCCACGCUGCCCCACUCCUACUACGCCCUGGACUACUGCUCGGCCAACAGCAGCGUGGCGGCGUCGCCCGGCGUCCAGAGGAACCCGGUGGCGUCGAUCAACAGCGUCGCCAACGCCACCACGCCCGACCGCCUGCGCUUCCCGCGCGGCACCGCCAGCCGCAGCACCUUCCAUGGCGGCCAGCUGAGGGACCGCCGCACGGCGACCUACAACGGGCCGCCGGCCUCGCCUACGCUCUCCCACGACGCCACGCCGCUCUCUCAGACGCGCAGCCGUGGAACCAGCAACCUCUUCUCCAAGCUCACCUCCAAGCUCACGCGCAGAAACAUGUCAUUCAGGUUCACCAGAAGAGUCUCAACCGAGUUUGAGAGAAACGGGAGACUUGAGGGCUCAAGUCGCCAUGUACCUGGGGAUCCGAAGGGGGAAGGUAAAGACGGUAAGCCCCGCUCCCUCCGGUUCACUUGGAGUAUGAGGACCACCAGCUCCAUGGAGGCCUGCGACAUCAUGCGGGAGAUCCGCAAGGUGCUGGACGCCAACAACUGCGACUACGAGCAGCAGGAGAGCUUCCUGCUGCUCUGCGUCCACGGCGACGGGCGGGCCGAGAACCUGGUCCAGUGGGAGAUGGAGGUCUGCAAGCUGCCCCGCCUCUCGCUCAACGGCGUCCGCUUCAAACGGAUCUCCGGCUCAUCCAUCGCUUUCAAAAACAUUGCUUCCAAAGUUGCCAACGAGUUAAAGCUAUGAGCAAAACAAAAACGACAAAAAAAAGGGGUUUAAAAGUAUACAUAUAUAUAUCUAGAAGUAUUUAAGCUGUACAAUCAUCAAGUAGCAGUUUCCAAAUGUCUCCUUUUUUUAAACAAAUACAGAGUAUGUAUUGAAUAUUAUAAUGUAUAGAUUAAGGCUUUUGGCAAUAAUCACUGAAUUACCUACUAAUAUCUCAGUCGUUAACGAGUUGAAUAUGAUUUGUCAUGCUGUGAAUGUGGACAAAGAGAAAUUUCUAGUCUUUAUUUAUUUUAUCUAUCUUUCUUUUUUUUCCUCCUGGAGGGAAAAAGAAAAGAAAAAUAAUUAAAAAAUUACGUAGCGUUUUGUUUUCCAGUGUAAAUAAUGCUUCACUGAACAUGUUUUGUAUUUGGUUGAAGGGUCACUCGUCUGCAUUAAAGUGUAACUGCAACGUC